AUGCCUUCUCUCGUCGGCAACACGUCUGCCUUGGCAGACAGGUCUAACCAGAACGGUGCCCUACCGCAAACAUUCAAGUGCAGUAUUGGUGGAGAGUGGAAGCCCAAUUCCAGCUUUUCCAACAAGCAACUUGCUAAAUGGCGCAGUGCUAAGAGAUCUCACAACGAUCGCGUCACACCCGCCUCCAUUGGCUUGAUCUGUCGUGAGCAUUCUGGUGAGCCAGCUACAGGUCUGAAGUGCAAUGGUCCCUGUGGUCUUUGGAAGGCACGUGACCAGUUCAGCGGUAAUCAGAGAAGGAACAACCUCCCCUGGUGCAUCGCCUGUACACAGUGGCAAGUCGAGCAAGACUAUGACACAGUACCCCUAGCGGCACCCAAUGAGAUCAAUGAAGCUGCGGAUGAGCACCAGGGCUUCUCAAAUGCUGUGGCAGGUAUCGAAAUCGAUGAAGAUGACGACGACGAUGACGACGAUGAUCAAGCUGUCUUCGCUUCAGCCCGUUCGGUCAGGACAGCUGGUACCACCCUGGGCGACGACGAUGAAGACGACGACGAUGACAGACAUUUUGGCACAGAUGAUGAGGACGACAACUACAAUGUUCCCCGUGGAACUUCCGUCACUGUUUCAAAUGUCACCGCAGCUCAGACUCGUCCGAAGGCACCAGCCAUGGCAACCAAUGUGAAGAAGGCAGCCACUACAGCUACUUCAGCCUCUCGUAUCGGUUCUUCCAUUCCUGCUCGAUCUCAAGCUUCAAAUGCAGGUCCGUCGAGCCUCAUGGGCAGCAGUGCUCAGUCUGGUCCGCAAUCGCCAGAAGCAUGGGUCCCACCCCAUCUACUCGAAAAAGAGAAUAUGAUGACUCUACGAGAGAACAAUAUCGUUGAGCGUCAUGUGCCAAACUAUAGCCAACAGGCUUCUACAGCAAGCUUGACGAGCUACUCGGGUCAACCCCAACCCAGGAUCGCUCCGCCUCGAAGACAUGCAUUCCCUACACAGUCUGGCGCCUCUAUCAGCACCCGCGCCUCUGAGCGCAGCUACACCACCACGACGGGAACAGAUUAUCGCAGGCGUCCCGAGAAUAUUGCACAGGGUCCCCCAGGCUCACGUCGCGGCGAGGGCACUCCGUCGAUCGUGUCCAGCGAUUCUCGGGCUGGCCCUGCCAUGACCCCAAACACUACCCAGAGGGCGCUCACUGGAAAUCGCCAGGCCACUAGUAACCAGUCAUUCCAGGCGUACGAUGAUCAGGGCAAUGCUCAUCGUCGGAUUGCCAACCCCGGGAACUCGGGUCCCAGUGCCCCAUCCGCACAGCCCGCCCGAGGUCCUGUAGACCGCGUGAGACCUCAGAGAGGAAACUUUGCCCGAGUUGAUCAACGCAGAGAUUUUGAAAUUCGCCAAAGACCGCAGACUGGAGCAGGCGCUUACCACAUCGUAGUGUAUGAUUCUGGCAGUGAUGAUUCGUUUUAG